GCCUCUGCUGCGGCCGGAAACAAUAGUGGAGGAACCCGAGCCGCGCGGAAAGGCGGUGGUGACCCGCGGAGCCGGACGGGGCACUAUGAACGAAGAGGAGCAGUUUGUAAACAUUGAUUUGAAUGAUGACAACAUUUGCAGUGUUUGUAAACUGGGAACAGACAAAGAAACACUCUCCUUCUGCCACAUUUGUUUUGAGCUAAAUAUUGAGGGGGUACCAAAGUCUGAUCUCUUGCACACCACAUCAUUAAGGGGCCAUAAAGACUGCUUUGAAAAAUAUCAUUUAAUUGCAAACCAGGGUUGUCCUCGAUCUAAGCUUUCAAAAAGUACUUACGAAGAAGUUAAAACCAUUUUGAGUAAGAAGAUAAACUGGAUUGUACAGUAUGCACAAAAUAAGGAUCUGGAUUCAGAUUCGGAAUGUUCUAAAAACCCCCAGCAGCAUCUGUUUAAUUUCAGGCAUAAGCCAGAAGAAAAAUUACUCCCACAGUUUGACUCCCAAGUACCAAAAUAUUCUGCAAAAUGGAUAGAUGGAAGUGCAGGUGGCAUCUCUAACUGUACACAAAGAAUUUUGGAGCAGAGGGAAAAUACAGACUUUGGACUUGCUAUGUUACAAGAUUCAGGUGCCACUUUAUGUCAUAACAGUGUAUUGUGGCCUCAUAGUCACAACCAGGCGCAGAAAAAAGAAGAGACAAUCUCUAGUCCAGAGGCUGAUGUCCAGACCCAGCAUCCACAUUACAGCAGAGAGGAAUUGAAUUCGAUGACUCUUGGUGAGGUAGAACAACUGAAUGCAAAGCUCCUCCAGCAAAUCCAGGAAGUUUUUGAAGAAUUAACACACCAAGUGCAAGAAAAAGAUUCUUUGGCCUCACAGCUCCAUGUCCGCCACGUUGCCAUCGAACAGCUUCUGAAGAACUAUUCUAAGUUACCAUGUCUGCAAGUAGGGCGAACAGGAAUGAAGUCACACCUACCCAUAAACAACUGACCUGAACAGACUGACUUAGUAUGCCCUGCCCUUUAUUGGUCUCCCAGACAUGCAGACUUUGAAGAAGUUUGAAGAAAGUCCUGGUCCAUUUUUUUAUGGUCAUUAAAUUUGCCAAACAUAAGGCAGUAUUAGACAUCUUUUUCAAAUAAAGCAGAUCAUUAUACUCUA